AUGAGCAGAAUAUCCUAAUUCAAAUCGACCUUAACCAAACUCGAAACGAUAAUUUAUUAGUUAGAAGAAAGCCUAGGAGUUGAGCAUAAGCCUUCCCCAUUUGCAGAAUUUAUUUAACUUAAUACUAAAUAAGAAAAUUAAUCAAACCAAAAGGUAGAAUAAUAGGUAGAACCUCAACAGAAAUAAUAAGAACCUUAGAAAUAGUCAAAAGAUCAUUAGAAAUAGCCGGAAUAACUUCAAAAAAGGAACAACCUUAAAAAAAAGAAAAGUAACCAUAAUAAGAGAAAAAACAACAAUAAAAUUUAACCGUAGUAGGACAAAAUGGCAGUUGCUCCAACACUUGUAGAUUUUUUAUGUAUAGAUAUGAGAGUUGGUGAAUUAAAGAGAGUUUGGAAGCAUGAAGAAUCAGAUAAAUGA